GGAAAGGAUGGUUAAGAGGAAGAAGAAGAAGAAGAAGAAGAAGAAGAAGAGGAGGAGAAACAGAGGAGUGCGACGUCGCCCCGCAAGUGGAUGAAUGGAUGAGCGGCGCUGCAGACCGACUCCCACUGGGCUGUGAUAUUGAGUGGGGAUGGGCUAUAUGCAGGGUAGGAUCAGAUAGUUAUUGUUGUUGUUGUUGUUGUUGUUGUUGUUAUUAUUAUUAUUACUAUCAUUAUUUAUUAUGUGGAUUCUUGUGAGUAGUCUUGCUAUUUGUUCUGGAUUCAGUUUCUUGUACUGGGUAUUUAGC